UUACUGUAGGCCAGCUAACCCUACGAAAACAAACGGGUUGAGCGGCGCCUUGGGUUGGCGUGUCAGUUUUUCAUUCUGUCGUCCAGGGCUGAAAACACCUCGGCUUGGUUAUAUUAAAGUUCAUCUGAAUGUGUAGAGAGAGGGAUAGCUUCUGCUGCUAAAGCAACCUCCCCCCUUACUGGGAACCACAAUGUCCGAAGCGGCUAACGUUACCUCAACAGACAAUAACGGAGAGUCGGGGCUUAACGGGUCCUGGGUAGAGUUGGGGAUGAACAGAAAUCCUCAGGCCCAGUCCUCGUCCACGCCUGGGCCAAGUCUGCUGCCUCUCACUCAGGUGGAGGAAGAGGAGGCCAUAGUGGGGGGGUUGGAGCACGUCCCAUCGUCCUCAUCAAUCCACAACGGAGACAUGGAGAAGAUCCUACUGGACGCCCAACACGAGUCGAGCCGCAGCAACUCUUCUUGUGACAGCCCCCCAAGGCCCCACUCCCCCCAGGAGGAGGGACAGAUCAUAUUCGACGUGGACAUGACCAGCAGAAGAGACAGUCAGUCUGAAGAGGAUGUCUUGGACAAAGACAGGGACAGGGACAGGGACAUGGACAUCCUGAUGAAGGAUGCAGACUGGGUUGCCGACUGGUCCAGUCGACCGGAAAACAUUCCCCCCAAGGAGUUUCAUUUCCGCCACCCUCGCCGCUCAGUGACACUCAGUAUGAGGAAGACCGGGGCCAUGAAGAAAGGAGGGAUCUUUUCUGCUGAAUUUCUCAAAGUCUUCAUCCCCUCACUGCUGCUAUCGCACAUCCUCGCUCUGGGUCUGGGCGUCUACAUUGGAAAGAGGUUGACCACGCCGCCGGCCAGCUCCUUCUGAACUUGAAGAAAACUGCCUGAGAAGUUGCCACGAGCCGUUUAUGGAGGAAGUUUUGCUGUUGUGAGAAGAUUGCCCGUCUCCCAUCCCUCUUACUUUCCUGCCUGCCUCCCCUCCCCUUCUCUUCCACUCUGAGACAUGACUUUGCUUUUUGUUUUUUUAACGCCGUCUUUGCCAUAUUUCCUCCCUGAAUUUUAGCUUCCCUCUAGCUGUUUGUAGUCUUCACUCAUUGGAGCGUUUAAAGACUGAUCUAAGGUCAUGUCCCCCCCUAUUAAUAGGUCUAUAAGUUUAUAAAGGGUGGGUUUACUAGGAGGGUUGCAGCAUUAACUAAACUCCUGUUUCUCCACAUGUGAAUAUUUCAAAACGGAGACUGACCAGGGAGUGUGCCACAUGCGUGAAUUUGCCCAGAGCUCGAUCACGACCAAAUUUAGACUGAAAAGCACACUGAAAGUGUGAUCAUGCCUUUUUUCUUUUAUAUAUAUAUAUUUUUUUCCUGAAAGUGGCCAUUUUGUUUCUUCUUUAGCUAAUAUUGCCUAUUUUAUUUAUUUUGGAACCAGUAGUUGUUUAUAAAAAGGUUUUGACAGCCGCCAAUUCAAACAUGACCUUUUCAUUCGGACCAGUUCUGAAAGAAGAAGCAGGAAGAUUUUGCGCCUGGGAAGCGAAGCGUGUGCUGCUCUGACACGAACUGGAAACCGGUUUGGGUCGCUUAUCUGUCCAACUCUUGACGUUCAGUCUUGCUCAACUUUUUUAAUUGACUUUCUCCUGAAAGAUUUUCAAUAAGAAAAAAUGUAACCAAGAAAUUAACUUUUCUAUUAGGAGUUUCCUCUAUGAUAUAUGUAUUGUUUUAGAGAUGCUUUUGUUUAAGGAAAGCUUCACUCCUGCACUCCAAUGUGUGUCAUAAACAGUGAAAUACUCCAUGAACCUGCAGAUGAAGAAUGUGACUGUGCAAACGUGAAAAAGCACAAAGAGAUGGUGCCGGCAUUAUGCUGCGACAGAGACGUAGCAGCAGGUAGGCAGGCUUCAAUAACCUGAAGCUCAGUCCCAAACUGUAGAGCUUCAAUAGUAAAAAAAACAAAAACAAACUUUGGCCUCAGUGAGGUUGAACAGAUGUCGCCGUGAUUUGGUCUUUGCUGCAGCAGCAUCUGAAAUCAGAUAAAACUGGGUUUCCCUAGAGCUACAGAUGCAUCUCAGCAAAUCAGAAAGUCAUAAAUAUAUCACUCAUUUCUCAGAGAGUGAUUUAUUUUGAGUGUUUAAAUCUGUGAAUUUGGAUGAUUAUGAAAUCUUCAAAAUAAAUGGAAACUGAUCUGCUAAUUUUCCAGGGUUAGAAACAUGUUUUUUUUUUAAAGACUCUAUUCCUUAUUAGUUUCCCUAAACCAUAAACAUCUGAAUGUAUGAAACAUAAGGGCUUUUAACUUUUGUUUAUAUUUAUAUUAUCUUUUACCUUUUUAAACCUCACCAUACCUUCAGUAUUUGUCCAAAUCUAAUAACAUUUGUGAAUUAAGUCAGUGAAAGAACCCAGAUACCGAUUCAAAAACUCAGCAUUUACUCAUAUUCGACCUCAAGGACCUGUUCGGAUCAUUUUGAACCCUGUGGUUCUAAGCAUCAAAAUCACUUAUAAUAUUUUAGAAACCAUAUUAAGUUAUCAGAUCAGAAACCUGAAAAAAAAAAAAACAUCUUUGUGGUAAAAUGUCUAGAAUGUCAGAAACGCCUAGGCAUGUGAAACUCAGGAAAACUAUGGGACCUUUAAAAGGAUUUUUAAGUUCGACCGCUGUUCUCAGCUGUGUCUUCAGAGUUUUAGACUUGAUUCCAAAUUAAAUGAAAAAUGCACUUUCAUCUAAACAAUCCAGUCUUUUUCGGGAGGUUUUAAAACCCAGUGAUUCAACAGUCCUGUAUAUGUCUGUGUUUGGCGGCUCAUUAAGUUCUGACUCCAGCUGCUCUUUAAAAGUAUUUUCUUCAGGAAACAUGUGAGCUGUUUCUAUUUCACUUCCUCCUUUCAUUCAAUUUUCCUUUAAUAUUUUUUGUAUUACACCCCUCUGUCAGCAAUUAUUCUUUUUUUUUUUCUUGGCUUAUAAAGGAUGUUGAUCAACAUCCUUUAUAAGCCAAGAAAACAAUUCUCCACCUUAUCUCCACUAAAUAUAUUUUAUUGGUCUCACAAUUUCGAAGGACUGAAUAAUGUUUUUUCCAUGAACUUUAGGAAAUAAUCAUCCAAAAUGACAGAAAUUUUAUUUUUAAUGAUACUUUGAUUAGCUGAGAUGCACCUGUUGUUUGCAGUGUGGGUUUACCCUAUAGCGUUAGCAGAUGCGUUCUAUUUUAGGAGGAAAUUGAUUGAAAAUAUGAAUCUUUUUUGCACUUGUUGGACCGAAACAAAUCAAAAACGUUCCCCCGUUCCUUUACCAAAAAGAUCUCAGUGUUUGAUCUCAUGAUACAUUAAAAAAUCUAAAAAAAACUCAGCAUGCCUCUUUCAUUAAACACUUAACAACCAGCAGAUGCUAACCUCACGUUAUUUUCGUUUUCAGCCCCCAUUGCUUGUGGUUGUGUUUGUUCCUGCUGCAUUCAAACCGUAAAUUUUGUAUUCUUUCCCAUUAUUUGUUUUAAGUCGUUUUUAUUUUCCUGCUGUCAUUGAGAUUGUGAACGCACACAUUGGGAAUCAAGCUUGACAUGUAUAUGUUUAGAAAGUGGGAAAACUGUGAUGAAACUGGUUUCUGUUGAUGGCAGGGACUGAUGGAUGAAAAAGAAGCGUGGAGAGAGAUUUUCUCCUUUAGACUGGGAUGGUCCGAAAGUACUUCUUGUAUCAAUCCAUUUGCUUUCAUUUUUUUUCCUGCUACAUGAAGACAUUGAUAAACAUUUUGUCAAUAAAGAUGACCUGAGUGAAAUCA